AUGGGCCGCACACAGAAUGAUAGCAGCUUUGAGCGUCCCGUACCUAAAUGGAAGCCAUUCGUUGUUGGUGGAGUCUCAGGACUCGUUGCGACUACAUGCAUCCACCCCAUCGACGUGGUCAAGGUCCGCCUCCAACUUACUGGCCAAGGGGCUCGGACUAACUCACAGCUUGGUGCAUUCGAAACUGUCAGGGGAAUCGUUUCCAAGGGCAAGGUCUUGGACUUAUACCAAGGAAUUUCGGCGGGCUAUCUCCGUCAAAUUGUCUACGGAACCGCACGACUAGGCCUAUUCUACACAUUUGAGGAUGCCUUCAAAAGAAGGGCGAGGCAGCAGAACAGAGACAUCACAUUCGUGGAGAGAGGGGCCGCGGGAGUCCUCGCCGGCGGGCUGGGCUCAAUGAUUGGCAAUCCUACAGAGGUCGCCCUUAUUCGGAUGCAAAGUGAUGGCGCGAAGCCACCAACAGAGCGGGCAAACUACCGCUCAGUUUUUGAUGCUCUUAGGAGGAUCAUCCGGACCGAAGGGAUCAAGGGACUCUGGAGCGGCACAUCUCCGACUGUUAUCCGCGCAUGCUCCACGAACUUUGGGCAGCUAACCUUCUUCUCAGAGUCCAAGCACCAGUUGGCCGUACACACCAACCUCUCACCGUACAUGCAGUCCCUCGUAGCUUCAGCUAUCGCGGGAUUCUCAGCGACGGUAUUGAGCCUUCGGUUUGACUUCGUCAAGACCAGGAUGCAAUAG